AUGAUAAAUUUUUUAAUUUUAAUACUUGGAGUAGUAUUAGCAGGGACUCCUUACAAUUAAAAGAAAGUGUUAGUGCUUUCUGAUAAUCCAGCAGUCUAUGUUUCCCAUUCUCAGUUUUUCAAUUUAUUGAGUAAGUAAUAUAGAGUUGAUUAUAAAAAUAUCUAAUCAAAUACAUUCAAUUUGUAAUUGUUUGGAGAAUGGCAAUAUGAUCAUCUAAUUUUAUUUAGCAGUACAGUUGAUUUAAAAGUAAGCAUUUAAGAAUUAUUGGACUUUUAUGAUUCUGGUAGAAAUAUAUUAUUAUUGGGUUCUACAGACUAAUCUAAAUAUUUUAGAAAGUUUUUAAAUAGUUUUGGAUUGGAUAUGCAUGAAUAUGUAAAAUGAAAAAUGAAUAAUUAGGGUUCAUCAGUAGUAGAUUACUUCAAUAAUAUUAGAGGUAAUUAAAAUGUUGUAACAACGAGUAAUGUGAAUAUUCUGAAUGUAGAUAAACCAAUUGCUUAUUAAGGAGCAGGAUUAUCAAUGACCCCUUAUGAAACAUUUUAAGUAUUUGGUUUAGUGAGAGGAUCAGAAACAGCAUUUUCAGGUCCUAAUUUAAGUCAUAAUAUUAUAUAUGUUGGAGCAACUUAAGGUAGAAAUAAUGCAAGAUUUGUGGCUACAGGAUCUUGGGAAAUAUUAAGUGAUGAAUUUCUUAAUAAUUCUAAUUUGGGAAAUUAGAUGUUAGCAGAAGAGAUUAUUAGAUGGGGUUUCGGAUAAUCAAAAAUAUUAAAGGCAGAAAAUUUAAUACAUAGAAGAUUAGAUUCAGAUGAUAUCAAACCUUAUAAUUAUAGAUUGAGAGAAGAUUGCUAUUUCUCUAUUGAUAUUUAUGAAUGGGAUUAUCAAAAUGAUUAAUGGAUUCCUUAUGUUUCUACAGAUAAUGAUGUUUUAUUAGAAUUUGUAAUGUUGGAUCCAUAUUAUAGAGUACCAUUAAAGAAAGGAUAAGGACCUAAAUAUGAAUUAUCUUUUAAAGUAAUUAUAAAACUAUAAUACAAUAGAUUCCAGAUGUAUAUGGUGUAUUUUAAUUUAAAAUAAAUUAUUUAAAACCUGGAUAUACAUUUUUAAAAAUAGCUGAAAAAAUAACUGUAAGACCAUUUAGACAUGAUGAAUAUGGAAGAUAUUUGGUUUAAGCCUUACCGUAUUAUUUUUCAAGCUUUGGAACCAUGGCUGGAUUUGUUGUAUUUCUAAUUGCAUUUUUAUUAAAUAAAUGA